AUGUCGGUUCUCUUGGUUUCUGCAGGAUACGACCACACGAUUCGUUUCUGGGAGGCUCUAACGGGAGUAUGUUCACGUACCAUUCAGCAUUCGGAUUCCCAGGUAAACAGGUUAGCCAUCACGCCGAAUAAACACUAUCUGGCUGCAGCAGGGAACCCUAAGGUGCAUUUGUACGACAUUGCCUCCACAAACCCACUCCCCCUGCAUUCCUUUGAGGGACACACAAACAACGUCACGUCUGUUGCCUUCCAAAUCGAUACUAGAUGGUUGACCACCUCCAGUGAGGACGGCACCGUGAAGGUCUGGGACGUGCGUGCCCCCUCUGUACAGAGAAGCUAUAGGCACGAUGCCCCCGUCAACGAGGUGGUUAUACAUCCCAACCAGGGUGAACUGAUUUCCGCUGAUCGAAACGGUACAGUGAAAGUCUGGGAUCUAGCAGAGAACAAAUGUACACAUGAACUCACACCAGAACCUGGAACACCAUUGCAAUCUGUCUCUUGUGCUUCAGAUGGUUCAAUGGUUGUUGCCGGAGCCAAUACGGGGAAUGUCUAUAUAUGGUCGAUGGAUUCUUCAAUUGAGAAAACAACCCUUCAUCCAUUGACGAAAUUUAGAGCCCAUUCUAAAUAUAUUACAAAAGUCCUCUUAUCUGGUGAUUGUAGACAUUUAGCUACUUGUUCGGCAGAUCAUACUGCCCGUGUUUGGGAUAUGAAUCUAUCGGAUAAUUCCUCCCCGCUUCUCGAAACAACAUUGCGUUCUCACCAGCGUUGGGUUUGGGAUUGCGCCUUUAGCGCAGAUUCCGCCUAUUUGGUAACCGCCUCAUCGGAUCAUUAUGUACGCCUUUGGGAUUUGGCUAGUAACGAAACAGUCAGACAGUACAGUGGUCAUAGUAAGGGCGUUAUAUCUGUUGCUCUGAAUGAUGUCUAA